AAUUAUUCACUGCUUUCAUUCAGUUCUCGGGUAACUCGAUUUGAUUGUUCGCAAUACUGAGUUGGGAUGUUGGCAGACAUGUUGCGGUUGACUUUUGUUUUGAUAUUCUUAUCACCCAUAGUUGUUUCACAUACUACGGUUGACAGAUUAGUUUGCCGAAGUGCUGUCUCUGCACAAAAGCAUAAUGUUCUUCCUGAAUGUAUUGGUGAAUGGAAGAAGUACCCAUGGUCGCAGUUUAGAAUAGAUAAUUCUUCCGAAUGCACGGAUUGCCGGUUAAUCUCACCCUAUGUGUGGGAUUACAAGAUUGAGCCACUGCUUUGUGCUACUGGUGUUAAAAAUGAAGAGUGCAAAAAUAUAAUCAACGCUUUAUCCCAACUGAAAUAUAUCAAGAAUCGCAAUAACGUUUUGUGUAACAUCCUUACGCUUUGUGAUUCUCAUACAUACAUCAAAGAUCUAAAUUUCGGCGUUCCACUCUGUGAUGAUUGUAAACGAUUGGUCAAUGAUAUGCGAAAGCUUAUUGAAGACAAUUCAACUGCUGCACAGAUUGAAGCACAGCUUGAUGAAUUAGUCUGCAAUAAUCUUCCAGGUGAAAUAAUUCCAUACUGCAAAAAUUUGGUAAAUGUCCACGUUCCAUAUGUCCUGCAUAUCAUUUCAGAAAAGAUGAGUCCUGAAGAGAUCUGUGCAACGCUGGGACUUUGCGUAAAUGUGAAGACAAAAUUCACACUGGCCAACUUCAUGACUAAUAAAGGAAAGAAAUGUAAUGAAGAUAGAAAAUUUUCAUGGAUAAGACGCCCAAUGGGUAGUGUCGGUCAUAAAUGGACUUCAUACAAAUCUCAAGAAACUCCAACCUGUCCAAACUGUUUAUCAGUACUGAGUCAAUUCAAGAUAGGUGUUGAGAACCCAACUAUACAAGAACGCUUAAAGGGAUUGAUUGAUGAAAAGGUUUGCACACAUAUGGGCUUCUUUGCCGCCGCUUGUAAAGAAGCGAUAGAAUAUAACUUUGGUCAAAUAAUCAAUGGUAUGAAAGAGGUGGACCCUAAAGAGAUGUGUAGUUUGUUUGGAAUGUGUACAUGUGAAUACAAUAAUAUACCUGGUGAUACAAUGUUACCAUCGUUGUCUACAUCACAGGAUAUUCCCGGUGUUUGUCAUUUAUGUACUCUAUUGGUCAAAAAGAUAUUUGAACUAACUAUUGGUAAUCAAACCGAAGCUGCAAUUGUGUUAGCUAUGGAGACUGUCUGUGAAUAUCUACCAUCUGAUUACGAUACACAGUGUGAGAACUUUGUCGAAAAAUACGGAGCGAAAAUUGUUAGUGCUAUUAUUGACGGCACUGCUCCUGAGCUAAUAUGUGGAAGUAUAGGAUUGUGUGCUUCACCCAUACAUCAGAAGGUAGGGCUACCAUCAUCAUCACAGUCACUAUCACCACGUCAAGAUCAUCAAGUUCAAACUACUGCAACUCUAUCAUCUGGUAUAGAUGUUUGUUUAACCUGUAAAUUUUUCGUUGAAACACUUUAUGGACAACUUCAAAAUAAUAAAACAGAAGAGGAAUUGAAACAUCUGAUUAAAAAUGCAUGUUCCGUUCUACCUGCUGGCUAUGCAGAUAGAUGUUCCGAAUUGAUUGAUCGUUAUUUCGAUGAUGUCAUUAAACUAAUAGAAAAUAAUUAUACACCAGAGCAGAUAUGUCAAACAAUUUCGCUCUGCCAAUCAAUACCAGCUUGGAGUUUAUCCGAACAAAAUCCAUGCCUUUUAGGCUCAACUUAUUGGUGUCGGGAUUACAGUACAGCAAAAAUGUGUAAUGCUGUAAAUUAUUGCAGUUCCAAUGGUUGGAAAACUUAUCCACCAAGUAAUCAGAAUAAAUUAUUUAAAUCACAAUGUGAAUUGAUGAAAUUAACAGAGAUAUGUGUUAAUUCUGAAUUGGCUAAAAAAUGUAAUCGUUUAAAUGAAUGUUAUGAACAAAAAGUGAAAAAUUUCUUAAAUUUAUUCAGUAUUUCAACAGUAUCAUUAAAUAAUGACAAAAUUAAUAAAUCACCAUGUUCCGUGUGUGUUGUUAUGACAACUAAAUGGUUGUUACAAUGGGAUUUAUUUGGUGGACCAAUUAUUAAUCGCAGUAUAUGCUCUGAAUACAAAACUAAAAAUGAAUUACAGCAGGUGAGAAAAAGAUAGAGAGAAUGGUUUGUGUUUAUUUUAGUCAAAAUUUAUGUUGAGUAGUCGUCCUACUAGUUUGAUGAUUCGUCAAAUGUACAAAAACGUGAACUUGUCGUUUCUUUAGAUCAAUAAGUUGUAAUCUAAUGGUUUACACUUUUUAAUCAUCCACUAUACAGCACUGUUGUAAACUGAGGAACUUGUGCUUCAUAUUGAGUAUAUUACCUUCAGAUCAUUUAGCUAAAAUGAAUUACUUUGCACUUUCGAUUCCUCAGACCAAGACAAAAGAGCUGUCUAAUGGUUUUUGAUAUUCAAUGGUUUCUCAGCUGUUUAUCAAUCUGUUACAAAAAUCAUUUUUAUAAGAGAAUCUCAACGAUUCCUUAUCAGCUUCAAUAUUUAUUCUUUACUCCCCUUGACCAUUAUGGUCUGAAGACAAAAAUUUAUCAGUAUUCUUAUUUUUUUUCGUUUUCAAAUUUAAUGUUUCAUUUGUCCCAUAAUUCUUUUUCGAACUGUUUCAUAUGAUAGUACUGUUGGUUCGCUCCAUUUAACAUCCUAUCCAAAGUUUCGUCUUUUUGUUUCUCUAACGCAUUUCAAGCAAAUCCAAUGAAUUAGUUGCUAUCUGUAAGUAUCUCAUGUUAGAUUAGUUGUAAGAACUGUCAGGAUUUCAUCAAUUGAAUCGUUAGUAAUAUCUAACUACUCCUUUCUAUACUGUAUGUAGGCUUUUGUUCACACAAGAUGAUGUCAUCACUAACACAACAAGUAGGUUCUCUGUUGUGGCUUCUAAAACUUUCCAUCUUCACUUUGAAAUACUGUUUCAUCUCUAAAAGUGCAUGAUAGUCAAGUCAAUCUUUGAUCUGUCAUGAAACCCCGAAAUAAUACCCAUUCAAGAACUGUAAAUAAAUCGUGGGGUUGACUGGAAUCCUAUGCAUUGCUAUGAUGUGGUUGAAAAGGCUGGAGUGCUAUUGAUUCGUUCAAGGAGUGAUCGUAAUAAUGUCGAACAAAUAUGUGCUCGUACAAUCAACUGUGCUUCAGUGAAAGAUGGUGAAAAUGAACAAUUCUCUGAAACAAUAGAUCAGUCUGUAAAUGAAAAUCCAGACAAAUUAAGUCCAUUAGCUUUAUAUGAUUUUGAUAAAAUUGCUUGUUUAUGGGGUCCUACUUAUUGGUGCUCAUCAAAAGAGACGGCUAGAAAAUGUAAUGCAACAAAUUAUUGUACAGCAACUUAUUGGCCCGAAAUUAACACUAAUGGCAUUGAUAUUGAUAAUAAAGAUAAUAAUAUUAUUGACAGUUAUGCUACUACAACGUCAUUACCAAAGCCAAUUGAGAAAACUAAAUCUGAACAUUUAUUAGGUAUAAAACCAUGUUCAUGGGGGCCAUCUUAUUGGUGUCAAUCAAAAGAAAUUGCUAAAAUAUGCGGUAAUGCAGCCUUAGUGCAUUGUGAAACUAAGGUAUGGAUUACUUUAUCAGAUUCAAAGAAAUCCUCACAUAAAAUAACUUCUAGACUUGAUAAUAGAUGUACACAUGGUCCAUCGUUUUGGUGUGCAUCAUUUGAAAAUGCUAAAUUAUGCGGUGAACAUGCAGAAUGGCAUUGUAUGAAUGUAGUUUGGUCAAAUAUACAUAAAUUCAAAUCUAAUUCUAUCAAUCCAUAAUUGAAUAAUGAUCAAUCUUAAUUUUUACUGCCUAGAGGACAUUUUUGUGUUUCCCCUUCUCAUUUGAACUCAUUCAUUUAUACAUCAUUUGGUCUCUGUAUUUGUGUUUGUGCCUAUUCAUCUAUUGUUUGUUAGUGUAUUUUCUACAAAUUUAUCUUUUUGAAGAACAAUCUGAAUUCAUUGAGUAUUUUUUAUUUCUCUCUGUUGAAAUAAAAUAUGAACAACAUUUUGAUUUUACACUGCUCAAAAAGUCAUUUACAUUAAUGUCUCAUUUUUAUUAGAUGUACUGUUUGAUUAAAAGUUUACUAUUCAAUUUAUACAGUUUUGCGUUAUUUUUUUUUG